UCAUCGUACAGAAAUCAACAGAUGCCGUCGACUAUGCUUUCGAACGCGUAGACCGUUUAAUUUCAUAUAUAUUUUUUUUUUAAGUAAAAAAGAAGCGCAUUUGUAAAUUAAAAAAAAAAAAAAAAAUGACCGAGCUGACCGAUUCCAUCGUGUUCCGGAUUAAACUGUUGGAAGUGGUACUUUCCGUAUUGAGCAUCGUGCCGUUUUUCGGACAAGCCGCCUGGCCUGCCAACAGCGCCCUGCUGAGCGACUUGGUGUUGCUGACCAUUUACGGAUACUUGGGCAUCGGCAUAGUGGUGUUGGCCAGCCUGGUCAGAUCCGAAUCCAUGUCGGAAAAGCUGACGUUUUAUACGACCGCCGUGGGGGCAAUCUUGCACCUGGUAUCGACGGUGAUCGUCGUCUUGGCGAUAUUCAACCGAGACUGGACGUGGGACGACAGGCUGGUCGGUGGCAUAUUCAUCGCGGCCAAUGCGGCGGCCUACGGAUGGGACUCGUAUCGCAUCGUUAUGUCUUAAUUAAACCGAUAGCAAUAUCAGAUUGUGUAACACUGUUAUUAUUGUUAAGUGCAUAAACCAAAAAAAAACCCAACAAGUGUCUCAAAAAAAAAAAAAGCGUGAAUUAACGAUUAAUUCCAUAUCGUGAUCACGAUCCGGAUCGUGUAAUUUAAUCAGUGUUAAAUUAAUCAAUUGAAAAAACAGACAAGUCGCUUUUUAAAUGAAAAAAAAAAAAAUGGCAAUUUUGUUGCCAAAAAAUUCGUUUUCGUACAAAACUAUUCUGUUAUUUAUUUUUAAAUACGAGUAAUAUAUUGUUAAGAAAAAUUUAACAUUUAUUUUAGAUUAUUGUUUUAACUUGAUUUUCUUAGAUUUAAAAAACAAAGUGACUUACCUGGGUUUUCCCCGUUUCCUUUAACUACAACCAACGCCGGCGCACACUUGUGCGUUCAUUAACGAAUUAAAAUUAAUUUAUAUUAAUUUAUGUGUACAUUGAUUUCUUAAUGACGAUGUGAAUAAACUAAUGUGAAUAUUAAUUAAUUAACGAGAAUGUGAAAAUUAAUUUAAUUAUGCGAACGUUAGGAUAAUUAAUGCGAUUAUUAGUUUAAUUAUGUGGAUAUCGAUUAACUAAUGCUAAAAUUAAUUAAUAAAUGUGGAUAUUAAUUGAUUAACAUUAA